UCAGUUAUCCAAACUUUUGUUAGGAGAGCACAUCAAGUGUGUACUGUUCUGUUUGAAAAUUAGAAUUUCAGGAGUAUGUAUGCACUGUCUGACAUACAAAAAAAAAUGGCAUGUCAGACCUCAGUAUCCUGGGCUGAAACUUGCUUAACAUCAGUGCAUGUCAAGGAUCAACUGAUAAGUUAUAUGUUGUUGUAGUCUGCCUACUCUUUUGGGGGUAGCAGUGCAUGUGAACGCAAUGCUGGUACUGCAAGCUUUUUGCCAAAGCUAAAGGGACAUGAAAGAUGUGGAUAAUCGUAUGAUAACACAUUCUAACUCUAGUACUAGUUGGAGCAGGGGUCGUUAAUACAAAGUUCUGGAUCAGGACAAAUAGUGCUGGAAUGAAGAUGGCUUCACAUCCAGCUGUUGCUCCCACCAUCAUGGGAGGUGCCCAUUUUCUUGCAGCUCAAGGGAUUGGCUCAGAUUCCAAUAACAUUCUUGGGGCUCAGAGUACAGAUGUAUGGUUUCCCAACAGCACCAGAGAUGAGAACCCUCCUUUCUUAACAGACGCCUGGCUGGUCCCCCUGUUUUUUGCCCUCAUCAUGCUGGUAGGACUCAUUGGGAACUCCCUUGUGAUUUAUGUCAUUACUAAGAAUAGAAAAAUGAGAACAGCAACCAAUUUCUACAUUGCAAACCUUGCAACAACAGAUAUUAUAUUUCUGCUGUGCUGUGUACCAUUUACUGCAACACUUUAUCCUCUACCAAGCUGGAUCUUUGGCGAUUUUAUGUGCAAGUUUGUGAACUAUCUACAGCAGGUCACAGUACAAGCCACCUGCAUUACAUUAACAGCAAUGAGCAUGGACAGAUGUUAUGCUACCCUCUAUCCCCUUCAGUCACUGCGUCACCGUACUCCACGGGUUGCCAUGGCAGUCAGUCUGGGCAUCUGGAUAGGUUCAUUUAUCCUAUCUUUGCCUAUGGCCAUGUAUCACAGAACAGAGGUUGGGUACUGGUAUGGACUCCGAACAUAUUGCAUUGAGGUUUUCCCCACUGAGACGCUACAGAAAGGUUUUCUGCUUUACACAUUCUUAGCUGUCUACCUGUUGCCUCUCAUCACAAUAUGCAUCUGCUACACCUUUAUGUUAAAACGUAUGGGGCAACCUGUUGUGGAGCCAGUAGGCAAUCAUUUCCAGAACAUUCAGCACCUCUCAGAAAGGUCAGCUGCCAUGAGGGCCAAAGUCACAAAGAUGGUGGUUGUGAUUGUGCUUCUAUUUACAGUGUGCUGGGGGCCUAUCCAGCUGUUCAUACUUUUUCAAGGAUUCUAUGUGAAGUUUCAAGCCACCUAUGAGACCUAUAAGAUAAAGACCUGGGCCAACUGCAUGUCCUAUGCCAACUCCUCCAUUAAUCCUAUUGUGUAUGCCUUCAUGGGAGACAGCUUCAGGAAGUCCUUCAAGAAAGCAUUUCCUUUGUUGUUUCAGAGGCGGGUACACGACAGUGCCAUGGAAUCGGGAUCCAGAAAUACAGAGAUGAAGUUUGUUACAGAGAGGACAUGAUUUACUUUUUCUCUUAUCACUAUGAAGUAGCAGAAUAUAUAAAAAUGGCAAAUACACAGAAAAGCUGGUGGGA